UGCUGCCUGCACAGAAGACUGAUCUGAGCCAGAUUGCUCCCAAAAGACAAAUUGAGAGGAAUUCCUGGAGCUGACGCAAACCCAAGAGAAAUCAAUGCUUUUGCAUUGCAAGGACAACUGCCAGGAGUAUGGACAUCUAGGAGGAAGGACUUUUAAAAAAGCCGCCCCCUGCCUUUUGGUGCCCUAGCACCAGCACCUCAGCUGCAUGGAAGCUGGGCUGCACUGCUCCCAGCGAGCUAGAGCAAGGGCUCCAGGACACUUUUGAAGUUGUCCCAGCUCCAAACCACCAAGUGUCUCUCCAAGAGAGCUUUACUGCAGAGCUGAAGCCAGAGACUGCGCUCACUCUGAAGGCAGAAAACCUUUUGGUGCCAUUUCCCCAGAAAGAUUUUCUGUCUGCUUAUGUCAGCGUGGGAGCCAAGAUCAGGACAGAAGAAUUCAGGAUGAAAGUGGAAGGCCCAGCCAUCCCCUGCUUGUUGGUGUCUUGUGCUCUGUUCUGCCUGAUGGCUGCCCCCUGGGCCCAGGCCUGUCCUCGUCGCUGUGCCUGCUACGUGCCCACAGAGGUGCACUGCACCUUCCGGUACCUGAGCUCCAUCCCGGACGGCAUUCCACCCCACGCACAGCGCAUCAACAUGGGGUACAACAGCCUGGUGAGGCUGACAGAGAAGGAUUUUUCUGGCUUGAGCAGACUGGAGCUGCUCAUGCUGCACAGCAAUGGAAUCCACACCAUCCCUUCCGGGACCUUCUCGGAUCUGAGCGCCUUGCAGGUCUUAAAGAUGAGCUAUAACAAAGUCCGGAAACUGCAGAGGGGUGCUCUUCACGGCCUCAGGAGCCUGACCCGGCUGCACCUGGACCACAACAGCGUUGAGUUCAUCCACCCGGAGGUUUUUCACGGGCUCAGCUUUCUGCGCCUGGUGCAUUUGGAAGGGAAUCAGCUCACCAAGCUGCACCCAGACACGUUCGUCUCUUUGAACUACCUCCAGCUAUUUAAAAGGUCUUCCAUCAAGUACUUGCACCUGUCAGAUAACUACCUGCGUGCCCUCCCCCGGGGGCUGCUCUCCUCCAUGCCUGACCUGGAAAGCCUCUACCUUCACGGGAACCCGUGGACCUGCGACUGCCGUCUACAGUGGCUGGCUGGCUGGAUCCAGGAGAGACCAGAUGUAAUAAAAUGCAAAAAGGACAGGAGUACCUCCAGCUCCCAGCAGUGCCCACUCUGCAUGAACCCCAGGGCCUCCAAGGGCAAGUCUUUAACCAUGGUCCCUGCUACGGCUUUCGCGUGCGCUGGGCCAGUCAUCGACCCAUCGCUGAAACUGAGGAGUCUGCCCAUUGUAGAGGACAGCAGCCCCACCGCCGUCUCGCCCCAGGACUUCUUGGCGCCCUUUGGCUCCCUCACUCUGAAUCUGACAGACCAGUCUGGCCAUGCAGCUGACAUGGUCUGCAGCGUCCACAGGCCCUCAGAGACAUCACCUGCUGUGCUCACUGAAGACAAUGACCAUGUCGUGCUCAAUGCAUCGCUUUCCAUGCGUCUGGUGUGUCACCUGGACGACAGCCACCUUCGGCCGGUGUGGCAGGUCCUGGCUCUGUACAGCGACUCUCCUCUGAGACUGGAGAGGACCCACCUGCUGGCGGAGAUGCCAGCGCAGCUCAGCUGCAAAUACAGACAGGCGUCUUCUCCACCUGGAGACGUCUUUACUGACGUCGAGGCCGAGAUCCGAGCAGAACCCCCGUGGCUCAUUCAGGACCUCAUUGCACUGCAGCUAGACAGAGCUGCCACCUCACUCAGUACCCUGCAGCUCCAGUUCUCCACUCAGGCUCGGGUCACUCUCCCUCGGUCAGAGGUGGGGCGGGCGAGGCCCAGCUGGGUCAUGAUCUCUGGGGCCAAUACCACAAGGUUGGAGCAGACUGUCCUGGCGGGUGGGACCGUCACCCUCAACUGUCCAGGCCAAGGAGACCCCGCUCCCCAUCUGGAGUGGCUACUAGCCGAUGGGAGCAGAGUGCAGGCCCCCUAUGUAAGUGAGGAUGGGCGGGUCCUCAUCGACAGAAAUGGGAGGCUGGAGCUCCAGCUGGCUGACCUCUCUGACACAGGCAUGUACCACUGUGUGAGCGCCAACCAUGGCGACGCUGAUGUCCUUGCCUACAGGGUCACCGUGCUCGAGUCCCACAUGGGAGCUCUGGAGGAGAACGGGGUGCACCAUACCAUUUUUGCUGGGGACACGCUUGACCUCCCGUGCCAUUCCACUGGGAGCCCUGACGCCUCUGUGAGCUGGAUCCUCCCAGGAAAGGCCGUGCUCUACCAGUCCUCCCCCGGCAAACAAGUCCUCAGCAACGGCACCUUAAGACUGUCGCGGGUCACUCAGCAAGACCAGGGCCGUUAUCAGUGUGUGGCAGCCAACCCCUCCGGAGUUGACAUUUUGAUUAACCGAGUCUCAGUGAAAAUGAAAGGGCAGAGGUCAGAGGAGAUAGAGGGCUCUGGACUCGAGGAGCCUGUUCCCACAGUUGGCCUGAGGGUCCCCACAGCUGCACAAUCCUUAGAGCCUGCUCCCGUGAGACGAGUCCCAGACACUGGUCAGAGACACCGGGGGCUCCUGUCCCAGUGGCAUGGAGCACCCCCACACCGGCGUUACGGGGAGCACAGGAGACAGUUUCCUCACUCUGCUCGGAGAAUAGACCCUCAACACUGGGCAGCACUUGUGGAGAAAGCUAGAAAGAGCAUCAGACCAGAGAAACUGGAAAUCACCACCACCAGACAGUUGUCUCAGGCCACACAGCUCCCCAAAGCAGUUGGGGAGGAAUCAGACUCCUCAGGUGUGCUCCCUCCAGAGGAGGAGCUGAAGGUCCCAACAACAGAUGAUAGGGCUGCCGCCAGGACAGUGACUACUGAGUCCACAAAGACGACUACUAGCACUGAAGUCCCCUCGGUCACAAGUCCGCUAAUAGCCCCUUCUGGAGAACCUAUCAACUCCCAGCUGUUUGUCAAAACCACAGUUGUGCCGGAGGCUUCAGACCCAACUGUACGAAGCAGAAUUCAGGGUACAGCCAGUCCGGAUCCAUUGACUGUGUCCUCUCCAGUCCCAGAAGAGGGUGGCUUCCAGCACUCCGGGAGAAGGGGAGAGCAUCUGCAAAGCAUGCCCUCAGCAGUGGUGGGGACAGUGAGCAUGGACGUCAAUGUGCUCCCCGGCGCGACCAGCAAAGCCGGGAGUGUCUUGGGCUCCAGCAAUGCCAGGCAGGCUCACCAGACGGCCAUGACGGGGCAGCCUCCCUUCACUCGGCAGCUCAGCCCUUCUCAGUCACCUUUGGGGUCCCAGACUCUUGGAAAUGGUCCAACGAACACCCCACUUUGGAGGCACUUUGGAAGACGGAGGAAAAUUUGGAGCAGGGGGCGAAUCAUCGGCUCCUAUAGAGCGCCAGUGCUCCGACCGCACAGAUACGGCUUCGUGAGGUCCGGGCUCCGAGGCACUUCUGAAGGAAGCCAGAGCACAGUACCAGCCCCAGAGCUCAGCACCCCCAGGGAAAGGCUGGCCUCCACUCCUGUGACACCAACAUACAUUCCUGCCCCCUUCCCUGAAGCUGACAUCCGAGAAGCCACAGCUCCGGUUCAUAUGCCGCCACUGCAAAUCAAGGACACACCAGAUGCAGCCGCUGAGAAGGCAGCUCCUGUGCGCAAACAGCCGAGCAGGGAAAAUUCCCAGGGGGCUCCCACUGCUGCAGUUACAGCCCAGACCCUGACGGCCUUCUUUGUGGAACAAGCUUCUGUAACUAGUGUCGCUCACCCAGUUGUGUCCAACGCCAUCAGAGCCCAGAGAGAUCCUGUGAUGACAACGCCACCACCAGGUCCCAGUCCCCAGCCUUCUGGGCUGGUGGCUCGAGCCUUUGUAAGAUUUCCAAGGAAGAAAACUCCCUGGUUGAAGAACUUUGCAAACAAUCAUACCCACAGAGAGAGGCCCCAGCAUACAUUUGCUCUGCGAGAGAGCACCACUACUACCACACGCUCUAGAAUGGUUCCUACUCCAGCCAUGAAUCGAGCUCCACCCAUGCGGUUCCCCACACUCCCAUCUAGUCGGAAGUAUGUUCCACCUCUAAUGCCGGCUCCCGUCCACGUCCACCACGGUCCCACCCCAACACAGGGCCCUGCGACUCUCCCCAAACCUAAGGGGCUGCCCUUCCUACCUGUUCACCCCACACCCCAGACUAUCUCCAGCGAAGAACCAAGCACACACUUCCUGUCAGUGCAGACAGUCACGCUGACAACCAUUCCUUCUGUCCCUGAAUCUGCUCAUCUCAGUAAUACCCAAGUAGACAGAGCUGGGAUACAGACACUCCAAAGAGUAGAGGAUCCCCAGAAGGAGAGGAAGAGCCUACAUCUCCCUUCUGGCUCCACUCCGUUAACUACCGUGCCCUCUCCCGUCCUAACCACAGCGGGGAUGUCAUCCAUUCCUGGCACCCCCACUUUCACUCAUUUUCCCCUAGAAAGCCCAACUGGUCUUCUUCCGAGAGCCACUGAUCUGGCCGCCGGAGUUGAAGGGCUUCUCCCAGAGAGUUCUUUGAAGUCGAUGGUUGUUUUUGAAGCAGCUCUGCCUGGCAGACUGCGCCAGAGCCCCUCAGCCAGGCCACCACCAUUCCUCCCAGGCAGCCUUCCUCUGCCGCCAACUCCUGCCUCCCCUCCCUGGAGUGACCUCAGUGCAAUGCCAGCUAGCCAGGCAACUCCUGUUUCCAAGACUACAGCAGACACAGUGAGUAAGCCCCGUGGAACUGAAAGGCUUGAUGCUAAUCCACAGCAGUCAGGAAUGUCAACACCUGCCGAAACAGAGUUGCCCACGCUCACAAUGGGAACUGCCCAUCUUACACACACCAGUCAGCUCGGCUCUGCUCCUCUGCCCACACGAGUGACCGAUAAACCACAGCCUUCUAAAUUGCUGCCCUCUCUCUGGUCAGAAAACCACUUCUGGCACAAGCCAUACCCGGAAAUUGCUGGAAGGGGCCAAGUGCCAACAGUGUGUAUGCAGUCUACUGUGGGCUGGCCCGAGGGCACCACCCACGCUUCAAACUGGGACGGACAGCAGAAUGUGGAGAAGAGUGGCUUCGACCUGGUACCAUUUCAGGAAGUGACCACCUCUCAACUCCAGCCCCUGGACUCUCUGUCGAGGGAUGUGUUUACCAGGCCCAGAAUAGUUGGAGGGCGAGCAGCCAGCUUCACUGUGCCGGCUCACUCGGAUGCCCUCCUUCCUUGUGAGGCACUUGGAAACCCGCUGCCCAGCAUCCAGUGGACCAGAGUCUCAUCAGGGCUAGAUCUGUCAACCGGCCAAGGGGACAGCAGGUUCCAGGUGCUCCCUGGUGGCACCCUGUCCAUCCGCAGCGUGGAUGUUCAGGACCGAGGACAGUACCUGUGUUCUGCGUCCAACCCCAUUGGCACGGAUCACCUCCGAGUCACACUGUCCGUGGUUUCCUACCCACCGAGGAUCCUGGACAGACACGGCAGAGACCUCACAGUUCACUCAGGAAGCCGCGUGGAGCUGAGGUGCAGGGCCGAGGGGAGGCCGAGCCCCAGGGUUUCCUGGACUCUGGCCAACCAAACGGUGGUCUCGGACUCAGGGACUGGGGAUGGACGGGCCCUGGUGACUCCUGAUGGGACGCUGGUCAUCCGAAGCGUCAGCAUUUACGACCGGGGCUUUUACAGGUGCACAGCCAGCAACCCCGCCGGCCGGGACUCCUUGUUGGUUCGAGUACAAGUCAUAGCUGCCCCACCAGUUAUUCUAGAGCAAAAGCGGCAGGCGGUAGCAGGGACUUGGGGUGGGAGUUUGAAACUGCCCUGCACCACAAGAGGGACUCCUCAGCCUAGCAUCCACUGGGUCCUUCCCGAUGGCACUGCAGUGAAGCCGUCACAGCCCAGUGGCUCCAAGGUGUUUGUGUUUCCUAACGGGACCCUGCACAUCAGGGAUGUGGCUUCUUCAGACGGGGGCACGUACGAGUGCAUCGCGACCAGCUCCACCGGCUCGGAGAGAAGGGUGGUCAGCCUGACGGUGGAUGAGCGAAACACCACCCCCAGGAUAGAAUCUGCAUCCCACAAGUGGACUGAAGUGAAUUUAGGGGAAAAACUGCUCCUGAACUGCUCAGCCACCGGGGAGCCCAAGCCCCAAAUUAUCUGGAGGCUACCGUCCAAGGCCGUGGUCAACCAGUGGCACAGAAUGGGCAGCCGAAUCCUCGUCUACCCAAAUGGGUCCUUGUUCAUUGAUUCUAUCACAGAAAAAGAUGGCGGUGACUACUUAUGUGUGGCUAGAAACAACCUGGGAGAUGACCUGACUCUCAUGCACGUCAGCCUACGGCUGAGCCCUGCCCAGAUCAACCACAAGCAGCAUUUUCAAAAUCAAGUCUUUCUCGGCAAAGCCUUCCAGGUUGAUUGCAAGGCCUCCGGCUCACCUGAGCCUGAGAUCUCUUGGAGCCUGCCCGACGGCACCAUGAUCAACAACGCCAUGCAGGCCGACUAUGGCGGCCGAGGCCCCAGGGCCAGGAGGAAGUACACCCUCUUCCACAACGGGACCUUGUACCUGAGCAAAGUCGGGGUGGCAGAGGAAGGCGAUUACACCUGCCACGCCCAGAACACGCUGGGGAAGGAUGAGAUGAAGGUCCGCCUGAUGGUGAUCACAGCUGCCCCCCGGAUCAGGCAGGGUCGGCGGACCCACGCCAGAGUCAGGGCAGGAGACACUGAGGUCCUGGACUGUGAGGUCACUGGGGAGCCCAGACCUCAAUUAUUCUGGCUGCUGCCUUCUGGGGAGAUGCUCUCUUUCUCUAAGGGCAAGUACACCUUUCACACCAACGGGUCUCUCACCAUCAGCCAAGUGGGGCUGCUUGACUCAGGGGAGUACGUGUGUGUCGCCCGGAAUCCCAGGGGCACCGACACCAAGGUGUAUCAGCUGGACGUGGUGCCCAGACCCCCAUCAAUCAAUGGUUUCCAUGCCAACAAAACUGUCAUCCAGGCCACAGCUGUGAGGCACUCCAAAAAGCACCUGGACUGCAGAGCAGAGGGGACACCACCUCCCCAGACCUUGUGGGUCAUGCCCGACAGUGUCUUCCUCACCGCCCCGUACCACGGGAGCAGGAUCACCGUCCACGGGAAUGGGACCCUGGAGAUCCGCAACGUGAGGCUUUCUGACUCGGCCGAAUUCACCUGCGUGGCUCGGAAUGCGGGUGGCGAGAGCAUGCUGGUGGUGCGCCUGCAGGUGCUGGAGAUGCUCCGGAGACCCACCUUCCAGAACCCGCGCAACGAGAGAGUGGUCGCCCAGCGGGGACAGCCUGCGGCACUCAACUGCUCGGUAGAUGGCAACCCGCCACCCGAGAUCAUCUGGUUUCUUCCCAACGGGGCACGGUUCCCCGAUGGGACGCAUAACUCCGGGUACCGCAUGGCACACAACGGCUCUCUGCUCAUCCCCAAGGCCACGCGUGAGGACGUGGGGAGAUACCGGUGUGCUGCCCGAAACCAAGUGGGCUACAUAGAGAAGCUGAUCCUGCUCGACAUUGGCCAGAAGCCGGUCAUCCUCACUUACUCGCCAGGAGGCCCCAUCUACUCGGUGGCGGGCAAAUCCCUCUCCCUGCACUGUGUGUCUGAUGGGAGCCCUAAGCCAGAGGUCAGGUGGACGGUUCCCAGUGGUCAUGUGCUAGACAGGCCCCAAACGCAUGGGAGGUACAUCUUGCAAGAGAACGGCACCUUAGUGAUCAGAGAAGCCACAGCUCACGACAGAGGGAAUUAUGUUUGCAAAGCUCACAACAGCGUUGGCCAGGCCCAGAUCACUGUCCCAGUGAUGGUGGUGGCCUACCCUCCCCGAAUCACAAGCCGUCCGCCCAGGAGCGUCCUCACAAGGACUGGGGAGGCCCUGCAGCUCCGCUGUGUGGCCCUGGGAGUCCCCAAGCCAGAAAUCACAUGGGAGAUGCCAGACCACUCCCCACUCUCAAGGGCAAGUGUAAGGACGACGCAGGGUGGUGGGGCCCCUGGCCCACAAGGUACCUUGGUCAUCCCGAAUCCUCAAACCUGGGACUCUGGGACCUACACGUGCACAGCAAAGAAUCCACUAGGUAGUGAUUCUGCAACAACUUCCCUUCAAGUCAUCUGAGGACACAGCAUUUCUUGAACAAAGUCAACCUCUAGACUGUUUUUGUUUUUUGGGAGAAGUUUAAUCAAAGGCAGCCAUAGGCGUGUAAAUGAACUUGAAUACAUUUACAAUAUUCAAUUUAUCAUGGACAUGCAAAAAGAAAAGAAACAACCCUUGUAAAUAAACACAUUAUGAACAGAUACUGAUUUCUUCAAUGGAUCUCAAAACAAACUUUUAACUUAAGGCACUUUUAUUUUGCCAACAAAUAACAAUGAACAUUAAGAGAAAACUGUCCACUAUAAUAACAAAUGGCAAAUGUACCUGAAUUCUUCAUUAAAGAAUGGACUUUUUUUUUUCUGUCACUAUCAGUUGCCUAGUGUCCACCUUCUAUCAACGUUACAAGCGUGGCACUGAGAACAGAGACAAUGAAAAGAUUAAGUUUGCAGUCUUGAUGUAAAUUUGCCAUCUUGGCCUAUACAUAUUUGUGACUAGCUUAUAAAUAUCUUACUAAAAUCUACAGAAAAAAAAAUAAGCAAGGGACUGUUUUGACUUUGACUCAUCAUUUUGUACACAGUGAAAUGUUUCAUCGAGUGAAUACAAAAAUGUUUUCAUUACUGCAUUUAAAAAUAAAUACAGGCUGACUUUUCCACAUGUAAAAA